AUGUCUCAUCGAAUACCCAUCGGCCCAACAGUUGGCCAAAAUCUCCUCGACCCUUGGACUCAUGGAAUUGGCAUCAUGCGCGAUGUCUGUUCGCGCUGGUCAGAGCUUGAUAUCACCCAAAUUGGCUCCCUUAUCGCUAUAGCCGGCACAGUCCCCACAGCCUGGAGAUUUCUGAACACUCUAUGGAACGAAGUCUAUGGCACGAUAAGACGGUUCUUUCUUGCAUCUGUCACAGUCCCCGGCGGUGAUCCUUUGAAUAGGAGUGUUGUCAAAUGGAUCAUGGCUAAUCGGGAACGGCAUUAUCGUUCAUUUCAUGGAAGGACUGAUGUUGGGCAAAACGGAGAUCGUGCAGCUGCUCUUAAAAAGACACGGCAUUCAAUCCAGUAUUCACCUCAUUGGAACACGAGAUGGCUUUUCUGGGGUGGAAAUCUGUUUCUUGUUACGAGACGCGUCAACGAUUUCAGCUCCUCUUUAUCGGAUCCUAGUUAUGAUGGAAUUGGAGGAGAGGAAAUAACCGUGAGCUGUUUCGGUUGGUCAGCAGAGCCUAUCAAAGCAUUCAUUGAAUCCUGUCGCGAAUACUCUGAUCGACAAACUCAAUUCUUCGUCAUCAUCUACGCCCGGGAUCGAUAUGGCCUAUCAUGGAAACCCAAAGCUCGCAAGCCAAUCCGCUAUCUGGAAACUGUUCACUUUGACAACGGAACCAAACAAGACCUUCUCGGGGAUAUUCGUAAUUACCUGGACCCCAAGACGCAGAAGCGGUAUCAAAGCCGAAGUAUGCCUUAUCGACGCGGUUAUCUCUUUUACGGACCACCUGGAACUGGAAAGUCGUCCUUGUCAGUAGCCAUAGCAGGUGAAUUCGGUCUGGACCUUUACGAGGUCAAGAUCCCCAGCGUUGCUACGGAUGCAGAUCUCGAACAAAUGUUUCAAGAAAUUCCACCACGUUGCGUUGUCCUGCUGGAGGAUAUUGACGCCGUGUGGACAGACCGUUCCAACUCCGACAAUGGGCAAGAGAGCGGCUCUGCACCAAACUGUACAUUAUCCGGAUUGUUGAAUGUGCUGGAUGGAGUGGGUUCCGUGGAAGGACGAAUCAUUAUUAUGACGACAAACCACCCCGAGCAACUCGACAGUGCCCUAGUUAGACCAGGCCGCGUCGACAUGAAAGUGUUGUUAGGCAACAUCAGUCGCAAGUCGGCAGAGGAGAUGUUUGUACGCAUGUUCUCUCCCGACUUGGGAUGCACAUCACAUCUGGACAUGGACGAGAUUAAAGAGUUGGCAGCUCGGUUUGCCGAGCAGAUUCCAGACGAUACGUUCACGCCAUCACUGCUACAGGGCUUUUUCCAAUUGCAUCUUGAGAGCCCUCUUGAUGCGGCAUCAAGUAUAGGAGCUUGGGUCAAGAAAGAGCUUGAGAAGAGCUCAGAAAAGGAGUUUGAGGUAAUUACGGGGAAAAGAAGAGUCUGA